GGUUGUAUUCCUCUUAGGUGUCUCUUCUGGCUCAGUAUUCGGGGGUGUAUGAUGAUGAUGUCUCUGGUUGUAUUCCUCGCAGGUGUCUCUUCUGGCUCAGUAUUCGGGGGUGUGGUCUCUGAUAUGUUGGGUUGUAUGAUGAUGUCUCUGGUUGUAUUCCUCGUAGGUGUCUCCUCUCGGUCAGUAUUUGGGGGUGUGGUCUCUGAUAUGUUGGGGUGUAUGAUGAUGGCUUUGGUUGUGUUCCUCGCAGGUGUCUCUUCUUGGUCUGUAUUCGGGGGUGUGGUCUCUUAUAUGUUGGGGUGUAUGAUGAUAAUGUCUCUGGUUGUAUUCCUCGUAGGUGUCUCCUCUCGGUCAGUAUUCGGGGGUGUGGUCUCUGAUAUGUUGGGGUGUAUGAUGAUGGCUUUGGUUGUGUUCCUCGCAGGUGUCUCUUCUUGGUCUGUAUUCGGGGGUGUGGUCUCUAAUAUGUUGGGGUGUAUGAUGAUAAUGUCUCUGGUUGUAUUCCUCGCAGGUGUCUCUUCUGGCUCAGUAUUUGAGGGUGUGGUCUCUGAUAUGUUGGGGUGUAUGAUGAUGGCUUUGGUUGUGUUCCUCGCAGGUGUCUCUUCUUGGUCUGUAUUCGGGGGUGUGGUCUCUUAUAUGUUGGGGUGUAUGAUGAUAAUGUCUCUGGUUGUAUUCCUCGUAGGUGUCUCCUCUCGGUCAGUAUUCGGGGGUGUGGUCUCUGAUAUGUUGGGGUGUAUGAUGAUGUCUCUCUGGUUAUUUUCCUCGCAGGUGUCUCUUCUGGCUCAGUAUUCGGGGGUCCGGCUCCUCUCGCUCCCCCACAAUGUUCUCCCAUUAUAAGGAUGUGGUUCUCCUGAUGUCUCGCUCCAUCUUGUGUGCUGUGUCUUUCGUCUCCGCGUUCCGCACUCUUCAGGUUCACCGAGGGGCCUCCGCUGGCUUCCUGCUCCACGGCCUGUCCUCUGUCCUUGGCGUUGUGUGUCUCCUGCUCCCCGGACUCUCUGUAGACUGCAGCCGCCUCUGGGUCUCCUCCAUCAUCGGGUUGCCUCUUCUGGUCUUCUCCUUCUUCUGGCUGAAUGGAGACCACUUUACUGCCAACCUUGCCCUGAUGUGCGCCCUGCUCCUGGCUGCCUGCUCCCCGCAGCUGACCUAUGACACGAGGCUUGUGGGCAUGCACCUCACCCACGCCGGGGCUUCCCUCAGUAUACUGGUGAUCUCUGUGUUCACCGGGAACAGGACUGGACUGCUGGGCAGCCUGGCACUGGGCACCUGGGGGCUGAUCUCUUUUUUGGAUACGGGGAGAGUAAAACCAUUGUGUAUACAGGUUGGUGCAGACUGUGCGCUAGGCGCUGCGAUCCUGGCCUUCCAGAUGGCGCUGAAGACUCCUUUAUGAACCAGGCGAGCUCCGCCUUGUGUCGUAGGGCACAGAUGGCAUUACAGGUGGAGCAGACGUUAUAACUGGAAUCGGGGUGAAGGAAUGUGACUGGCCAAACGCCCGCACUAAUUUCCAAACUAAAGUGGAUCUGUCCGCUCUAGAACAUGGGCAGAUAGAAAGAUAAACAAAUGGUACCCUCCGAGCACUGUUUUCCUUUCAAGUGUCACAGAGAUGGAGCUGAGCUGCAAGUGCCCUUGUUCCACCCUCUUGUCUUCCAGCACCAAGCGAUGGCAGGGAAGGGUGGGGGAGGGAGGAGGCUUGCAUGCUCUAGAGCUAACAUAUUCCUUUUAGGGGCACUUGAGUGUUUAAAAACGUAUCCACAAGAUAUAAAGAUAAGUCUCUGAUCAUCGGAGUUCCCCUUUAAGGAGCCAGAUCCUAGUGGACCCUAGAGGUGGUCCUUCUUAGUGAUGUCCUGCUCUGUGGUUAUGUUGUCUAGAAAUCUUUUUACCACAGAGCCAUAAAAUGAGCAAACGCAACUCCAGGCCCGGACUGCUGCGGUAACUGAGCUCUAGACCUCUCCUACUGUAUUCUGGGAGCUUUUUUCUGUCACACAGAGGAUUGUCCCUCUCUCAGUUCUCCCUGGCAGUGAGCCACAAGAACAGAUUCCUUCCUCUCUUAGCUCUCCCUAGGCCACCCACUGGUGAUGUAACCACUCCUGUUCCCUUAUCUACAACUAGGGGGCACCCACCUGCCAGGUUACCACUCCUGCUCCCUAAUCUACAUUUAGGGGCGCCCACCGGGCAUGUUACCUCUCCUGUUCCCUCAUCUACAUCUAGGGGGCGCCCACUGGCCAUGUUACCACUCCUGUCUCCUCAUGUACAUCUAGGGGGCGCCCACCAGCCAUGUUUUUCCUCCUGUCUCCUCAUUUACAUCAAGGGGGCGCCCACCGGCCAUGUUACCACUCCUGUCUCCUCAUUUACAUCUAGGGGGCGCCCACCGGCCAUGUUACCACUCCUGCUCCCUAAUCUACAUCUAGGGGGCGCCCACCGGCCAUGUUACCACUCCUGCUCCCUAAUCUACAUCUAGGGGGCGCCCACCGGCCAUGUUACCACUCCUGUCUCCUCAUUUACAUCUAGGGGGCGCCCACCGGCCAUGUUACCACUCCUGUCUCCUCAUUUACAUCUAGGGGGCGCCCACCGGGCAUGUUACCACUCCUGUUCCCUCAUCUACAGCUAGGGGUCACCUACCGGCCAUGUUACCACUCCUGCUCCCUAAUCUACAUCUAGGGGGCGCCCACCGUGCAUGUUACCACUCCUGUUCCCUCAUCUACAGCUAGGGGGCACCUACCGGGCAUAUUACCACUCCUGUUCCCUCAAACAAUCCUUAAUAUAAAUAUCAUCCUUAUAUAAGGAAUACGUUCAUCACUGGUGCCAAGUGUAAUCCAAGACUUAAAGGGGUACUCCAGUGUAAGAAAAUGAUUUUACAUAAAUACAAAUUGCACAAUUUCCUAAUAUAGUGUAAUAAACUAAUUCCACUAACUUCAGCAUGUUGUUGCGUGUUGAUUCACCCCUUACAGGAAGUUGUGUAGUCAUCUUAUUGUCAGUGUGGUAUUGUCUCCAGUUACCUGGCUCCUCCAUUUCUUCAGAUAAGAAGUUGUGUAGUACUCUCAUUGUCAGUGUGGUGAUGUCUCAGCAGCCCAAAGUGUGCCAAGAAAAUUACACCCCCACCAGCCUGACCCGCUGAUACCAGGCCGGAGGGAUCCAGGCUUUAUAUUGUUAACACCAAAUUCUGACCCAUCUGAUGUCACCGCUGGAAUGGAGACUCCUCAGACCAGGGAACGUUCUUCCACUGUCCAGUUCUUGUGUGAAUUGUAGCCUCCGUUUCCUGGUCUUAUCCGACAAUUUUGGCCCCUCUGGUGUGGUCUUAGCUGACAGGCGGUGCUCCCGGUGUGGUCUUAGCUGACAGGCGGUGCUUCCGGUG